CAGUGCGCAGGCUCGGUGUGAGCUGGGCUGGCUGCCUAUUGAUUGGAAAACAACGGGCUGUGGGAGGACAGAUAAGGGUGGCUGUGGGCUAACGGGUGAGGGAAGGGAUACAGACCAAAGCUCAGACCACGCUACAAUCUUUACCUCCCUGAUUUCUUUUCUCUCUUUCACCCUGGAAUGAAUAAGCACUGCUGCUUAUUGAUAGGUUUUCAGCGGAGGGAGGCUUAGGCUCAGAUUCUCCUUGUCUGAGAAGAUCCUGCCUACACACCAAGCCAGAACAACAGCGGCACAUCUACUGCAGGGCUCACAGAUCAACAGACAGGGGACACCAUGGAAGCCCCUCUUGUGUGUUUGGACGAGGAGUUUGAGGACCUACGGCCCUGCCACAUGGAUGAGCUGGACCACCCGGCGCUAAACCACUCCUCUUACUCCACCACCACCACCAUCCCCCUGGCCUCCAUCACCCGUGAGGACUUCUCUGAGCUGGAGAAUUUCUCUGAGAUGAUGAGCUUCAAGUCGAUGGAGGACCUGGUCAACGAGUUUGACGAGAAGCUCAAUGUCUGCUUCCACAAUUACAACACCAAGACGGAAGGCCUGGCGCCCAUACGCAACCACUCACACAACCAGGAGGAUGAGGAGAGGCUGCAGGACGAAGAUGUGUGGGAUGCUCUAACUGACAACUACAAUUCCACCUGGGACAGCCCUAACUCAGAGGGACUCAACGGCAAUCUUUCUGACCAGGAGAUCCACGAAAAAGAAGAGGAGGAGAUGAAUGAGAAGAAUGACAAUGCCAACUGCCUGAAUGAAGAGCCGCUCAUCACAGCCGAUCAGGUCAUUGAAGAGAUAGUCGAGAUGAUGGAGAACUCUCCGGAUCCCGGCGAAACAGAGGAGGAGGAUGAAGAGGAGAGCAGCCACUGCUCCUCCAGGACCAACCCCUCGCUGCUGGAGGAGAUCAGGCAGCUGUCACAGGCCUCCAACAACAACUGCUCCUAUGAAGGCCUGAGCCUGAUGCCCAGCUCAGCGCUGGUUGAGCUGCUGCACCGGGUGGAGGCUGCCAUCCGCGAGUUCUCAGAGGAGCUGGUCAGCCAGCUGGCUCGGCGUGAGGAGCUGGAGUUUGAGAAAGAGGUGAAGAAUACCUUCAUCACGGCCCUGAUGGAGGUGCAGAACAGGCAGAAGGAGCAGCGAGACAGCAGCAAACGCCGGCGCCGGGACAAGGCCCUGAGCCUGCAGGGGGGAGGGACGGCAUCUGUGAUUGGAGGGAAUACAGGCUCCACAGGCCACAUGGAGAAGACAGGGAGCAUGCCUGUCAAGCGUUUCAGCAUGGAGGGACUGUCUAACAUCCUGCAGACAGGCAUCAGACAGACAUUUGGAAGCACGGGGAAUGAGAAACAGUAUCUGAACACAGUUAUUCCAUAUGAGAAGAAAGGCAUCCCUCCAUCUGUUGAAGACCUGCAGUUGCUCACAAAUAUUCUUUAUGCCAUGAAGGAAGACAGUGAGAAGGUGCCUACACUGCUAACUGACUACAUAUUAAAAGCUUACCAUACAGUACAGGGGAAGACAAGACAAGACAGUGAAGAUACCAUCUUGUGUCCUACCUAAAGCACCGACAGGCCAGGGGCCACAGUGUGACAGAGAAUUCUUCCCCUGAGGGCUUUUCCAACCCUCCUCGCCUCUGGCCCAAGCUGCAUGACCUCUCCUCGUUUACCAUUAUCAACCAUGGGUUCUCCUCACCAUCGGCAUUAUUGUAUUCACCUCAACUAUGACAACUGCCUUUCGCUGAGCUCACCUUCUCCCUUCCUGCACAUUAAGAUCAGGCCAGCCCCAUAAUGGCCGCCAUCUGAAUUGUUAAACAAGUGGGACGGCCAAUCCCACUUUUGAAAGGACUUCACUAAUGGAGCAUGACAUGCUACUAAAUAUCACAACAUCACUUUGGUACAGGGAUACAACAUUAUCAUUGCUUUCUGUUCCUUAAUUUCUGUAGUUAGUUUCUUUUUUACAUUCCUUUGUUUCUUCUAAAAUUCUAUGUUGACAUAAACUGACCUCUUUACCACUGGGUUCUGUUGAUUAUUGUGUUCAUUGAUUCAUAAGGACUACACUGUAUAAUAAACAAAAUGCCAUACUGCAUCCAUACAUUAUCAUCUCCCUGUGUUUCAGAUGAAAGCAGUGAUUCAUUUGAAUACAAAAGCCAUGCACCUUUUUCUGCCAACUUAGUACUGUAGUACCAUGUGAAUAAAUAGAAACACACAACUAUUACGGGUGCAGUGCAGUGCAUUACAAAGCUUUUUUUUAAUUUUUGCAUCACUAUCUGAAUAUCCAGUGCUCUUCUGACUUUUUUGACAUUUCUUUUAAUUUGUAUCUAAAUAUUUGAUAUAAACUCUGUUGCUGAUUUUCUACUUUUAUUUACUGUGUCAUCAGAGCGACAAGCUUCUGUGCAUUCCACCCUGUUCAGCCACAUGGAGGUGUACCACUGAGUUUUCCUUGGAUCUAUCAUCCCCCGAUGAGAUGAGCUUAUCUCAAUAAUGGCGUGCAUAUUUGCAUAUUAGCAUAUUUAUGACUUCCUUUGCGCCAUGUAGGUGAAUGUAACAUCGCUAAUUGCAGAUUCUAAUAAACAUUCUACCCUAA